GAGAGAGGAGAGCACAGGGUUUCGUGGUAGCGCCUCCUAGGUCGUGGGGAGAGGGAGAGGAAGGGAGGGCUAGCCGCGAGCGUGCAAUGGCGAGAGCUCCGCCUCCCAGGUGGUUAGGGCAUGAGUGAACGAAGCAAUGCGUCGCGUUCGCCGGAAAUGCGUCCACACUCUCGCGACUAAGAGCUCCGCGGGAGCGGAGAAUGGCGAUGGAAUCGCCGAGGAGGAGGAGUCGAGAAUCCCCAAGCACGACGGCCAGGUACUAGUCCGGUGUGAGAGGGAGAGCGGCGUGGAUUGGACGCGCCUGGCCGACGAUACGCUGCUGGGAUUGUUUUCGCUGCUCAAUUACCGCGACCGGGCCAGCGUUGGAUCCGUGUGCCGGGCAUGGCACGCGCUCUCCUCCUCGCCGUCACUGUGGACCAGCCUGGAUUUGCGAGCUCACACUCUCGAUUCCAACAUGGCGUCGUCGCUUGCUUCCAGAUGCGCGAAGCUCUCCAAGCUAAAGUUCCGUGGGGCCUCAGGUGCUAGCUUGAUCAUCGACUUGCAAGCGAGGCAGCUCAAGGGGCUCAUAGGUGACGGGUGCAAGGAUCUCACCGACGCGACGCUGUCGAUGCUCGUCGCCCGCCAUGAGAAUCUGGAAAGCCUCCAGCUUGGGCCGGAGCUGGAGAAGAUCACGAACGAGGCGAUCAAGGUGGUAGCCGUGUGCUGCCGGAGACUCAAGUGCCUGCGGCUGGCGGGGAUCCGGGACGUGGACAGUGAAGCUAUCGGGGACUUGGUGAAGCACUGCCCGAGCUUGACGGAGCUGGCUUUGCUCGACUGCGCGGUGGUGGACGAGGCUGCGCUCGGCGAGGCAAAGUCUCUGAGGUACUUGUCGGUGGCCGGGUCCAGGAACAUAAUGUGGACACAGGCCAUGCAAGCAUGGAGUAAGCUGGAGAACUUGGUAGCACUUGAUGUGUCCAGGACUGAGGUAACACCCGCGGCUGUCAUGUCUUUUCUUUCUGCUCCUCGUUUAAGGGUUCUUUGUGCGCUCAGCUGCUCGGCCCUGGAAGAUGGAAGCAACUCUGUGAGCUACGUUAGUAAGGACAGGGUUUUGCUGGCUCGGUUCACAGAGUUGAUGAACGGGCUGGCAUGCAUUUCGAGCUUAGAGCAGCAGGACGAGAGCAGGGUGCUUGUUUGCUGGACGGAAUGGGUGCUCUCCCACGCACUGCUGAGGAUAGCAGAGAAUAACACUCAGGGGCUCGACGCUUUCUGGCUGAAGCAGGGGACUUCGGUAAUGCUAAGGCUGAUCAAGAGCAUGCAAGAAGACGUGCAGGAGAGAGCGGCCACAGCUUUAGCGACUUUCGUAGUGGUUGACGAUGAGAAUGCUACUGUUGAUUCUUCGAGGGCGGAGGCUGUUAUGCACGGUGGAGGAAUUCGCUCUCUUCUGGACCUUGCCAGGUCUUCUCGGGAAGGGGUGCAGUCCGAAGCAGCGAAGGCAAUUGCAAACUUGUCCGUAAAUGCCGAAGUUGCCAAGGCCGUGGCAACCGAGGGUGGAAUCAACAUCCUUGCAGGCUUGGCCAGAUCUCCCAAUCGUUGGGUUGCAGAAGAGGCAGCUGGAGGACUCUGGAACCUUUCAGUUGGCGAAGAGCACAAGGGUGCUAUCGCUGACGCUGGUGCGAUUGAGGCUCUCGUCGACUUGGCCUUGAAGUGGCCCGCCGGUGGCGAAGGAGUUUUGGAGCGAGCAGCCGGCGCUCUUGCCAAUCUAGCUGCCGACGAUAAAUGCAGCAUGAAGGUUGCAAAUGCUGGGGGUGUGAACGCUCUCGUCAAUUUGGCUCGCUUUUGCAAGCAUGAAGGUGUCCAAGAGCAGGCUGCCCGAGCGCUUGCAAAUCUAGCAGCUCACGGUGAUAGCAAUGGGAAUAAUGCUGCAGUAGGGCGGGAGGCGGGUGCGUUAGAGGCGCUGGUAAAGUUAACAUGUUCCAACCACGAAGGGGUCCGGCAAGAAGCUGCUGGCGCCCUGUGGAACUUGUCAUUUGACGACAGAAAUCGGGAGGCAAUUGCUGCAGCUGGUGGUGUUGAGGCAUUGGUUGCUUUGGCACAAGGAUGCAGCAAUGGAUCUCAAGGAUUGCAAGAAAGAGCAGCGGGUGCUCUCUGGGGGUUGUCUGUAUCGGAGGAAAACAGCAUUGCUAUUGGCCGUGAAGGAGGCGUUGCUCCUCUUGUUGCAUUAGCGAGAUCGGAUGCCGAGGACGUUCAUGAAACUGCUGCUGGAGCUUUGUGGAAUCUUGCUUUCAAUCCAGGAAACGCGUUGAGGAUAGUGGAAGAAGACGGUGUUUCUGCACUGGUGCGGCUGUGCUCGUCCUCGCGCUCUAAGAUGGCACGAUUCAUGGCCGCUCUGGCUCUGGCAUACAUGUUCGAUGGCAGGAUGGAUGAGGUUACUACAAACGAAGUUGUUUACUGUGAUAGCAUUACCAAAAACGGCGUGGCAAGGCAGUCGGCCAUGAAGAACAUUGAGGCGUUUGUACAAGCGUUCUCGGAUCAACCGUCUCUUGCGGCAGUCCCGGCUUCGCAAUGGGGGCCUUCGGCGCUGCAACAAGUCUCCGACUCCGCCCGCAUACAAGAAGCUGGGCAUCUGCGCUGCAGUGGCGCCGAGAUAGGAAGGUUCGUGGCCAUGCUUCGAAACGGUUCCUCGGUUCUAAGGUCCUGUGCCGCGUUUGCUCUCCUCCAGUUUACAAUGCCUGGUGGAAGGCAUGCUUUGCACCACGCCAAUCUCCUCCAAAGGUCCGGCGCGGCGCGAGUUCUCCGUGGAGCUGCUGCGUCCACAACAGCUCCACUCCAGGCGAGGGUGUUUGCGCGACUAGUGUUGAGGAAUCUGGAGCUGUGCCAGAGCGAGAAAAGCUGAAGAGAUUGGGAGACAAGAUUUGUAGGCUGAUUAUUUUGUGAGUGCGAUCAAUCAGAGCUUGUACAGCAUAAAACAGGCUUAGAGUAGAGAUCAUGUAACAUAAGAUAGCUCAAAAGGUUUUAAAGGAAUGGUAUAAAUAAUAUGCUUCCGUA